CAGUAAAAAUAACCCAAAAAACAACAAAUGAAGCAGAAAGGUCCCAUUGUUACGGUCUGUUUGGAUGUUUAACUCUGAGCACAUCAGAAACGAGAUCCAAACAAGAUUAACAUUACAGCAAAUGUCCCUCUUCCCCCUAGCCCUGGUAAUCCCAGAUAGUGAAGGCAGAAGAUAUUUGGGCUUCGAUGGGUCUCUAAGUGGAGUCUAUUGAGUAGGCUCAAACCUCACCUUAGCCCAUCAUUUGCUUGUUCAUUUAGGAUUUGUAACCCCAAAAUGACAGGGAUUGCUUGAUGGGUGCUUGAUAACCUUCCUUUCCUGUUUUUGCGUUCAUGAAUUGCAUUAAAAUUGGUGAGUGGUCACAGACCUGCCACAGUGUAGUCCAGGCACCCCCAAACUGCGGCCCUCCAGAUGUUUUGGCCUACAACUCCCAUGAUCCCUAGCUAACAGGACCAGUGGUUGGGGAAGAUGGGAAUUGUAGUCCAAAACAUCUGGAGGGCUGAAGUUUGGGGAUGCCUGGUGUGGUCUUUCUUCAAGGAUAGUGAGUGAUCAGCCUUGGACUGUCAGCGGUUAUAGGGAGGCGGCCUCUUGAGUUCACAGGGCUCAGGUUUUUUAAGGUAAUAAGGUGUGGAAUUGAGCUUCCACAGACUACUUGCUCGUCUUGGAAGUGUGAAACUUGUAAAGAACUAGUAUAGCCUCCAGUCUUUAUUGAAGCCUGUCUAUGGGGCAGUACACUUUCUGCUCUAGGGCUAGGAGUGCAUCAAAGCUUUUGUUGCUAGUUCUCAUCAGGGAAAAACAACAUUGGUGUCUCCUCUAAUUAAGGGUGGGCUGUCUUUAAUGCCAUCAAGGGGAAAAAGUAAUUUUUAAAAGCAUCAAAGCCCCUUUUAUCUUACAGCUGCUGGUCUGAAGCAUAUACUAGAAUUUUUAUUUUUUAAACAACUUUUGGGUAGUAUACAGGAGAUAUCCUGUCUCCAUGUUAGAAUGCAUGGAAAGGUAUAGUGUGUAUCACAUGCCCAAUACUGUAAGAGUGAGAUGUGGACUCUCAAGUUUAUGUACAGUAUCUGAAUUAUCUGUGUGGAGGUAGAAUGUUGCUGCCAAAUGGCUUUCUCACCCAGUGGCAUGGGCUUACCGGGCAUGUGCCUUUCCCUCCCUGGAAACUAGUGUCUUGAAGAACACUGUGAGGAUGCAGGUACAGAGUAAAGAGAGGAGGAGCGUUGGACGGAACAAGGAAGCAAGUGGAAAUAGUGAGGCAGAAUGACACAAUCAGACAGCAGAAUUAUUUCCCUGUGCUUUCCCUGUUGGAUGCUCUUUUGCUCACCUGCACAGGGAUAGAUUGCAGAUGGACACUGGGGGAGGAAUCUCUCUAUUGGGCUCCCCCUACAAGGCUUUAAUGUUAGCUGAUCUAAACCAGGGAUCUUUGGGUAUGACUCUUGGAGUACAGUUAAUCGACCAGCAAAAUGCCAAAUGCAGCCAGUGGAAGUUGCCCAAACUGUGAUUAUGAGUACACGUAUAUAAUAUUAGAGGUGAGUGUGUGCUCGUAGCUGUUAUUCUGUACGUUAUUUCUCACCCAUCUCCCUUAAAAGUGUGUGUGAAACAUAUUUGCAGAUGUUAGCCUGCUUGCUAAACAUCUCACCCUCAGUAUGCUGGUGCCAAAGUCUUUGCAACUUCUUUUGUGCUUGCCACACCUGCUUGCUUUUCAGUAAGCAUUGCAUGGACUUACCACACCCUUAACACUAAAUGAGUCCAUGAGUCCACCUAGUUUCCUAUUUUCUAGCAGCAGCUCUUCCAAGCUACUUUCUAGUUACCUUUAAGGUUGUAGAGACAUGUUUUUUAAUACUGUACUAUUAUUUACAGUGGUACCUUGGUUGCCAAACUUAAUCCGUUCCAGGAGCCCGGGAGACAGCUUCUGAUUGGCUGCAGGAGCUUCCUGCACUCAAUUGGAAGCUGUGGAAUCCAUGUCAGAUGUUCAGCUUCCAAAAAACAUUCGCAAACCGGAACACUCACUUCCGGGUUUGCGGUGUUUGGGAGCCGAUUUGUUCGGGAGCCAAGCCAUUCGAGAACCAAGGUAUCACUGUAUUUCAAUGCUAAAAUAAUUGGGCAGUUAAAAUAUUAGAUUUGGAAGGUACCCCAAGGGUCCUCUAGUCCAACUCCUUGCAGAUGCAGGAAUCCUGCCCAGUUUUCCCUGGGUGGGUUCGAAUACCAACCUUCUGGUUAACAGCCAGACACAAUGAUCCAUUGUGCCACAGGAAAUUAUAAUUACUUGUGAACUUGCUGAUUGUUAGAUCUCUUUCAGUCUCAUGUGAUAAACUUAAUCAUAAGCAUUGCAUGUAACUACACUCUUGUCACAAUGCUGAGGUGGAGUAUUAAAACAAUCAAAUAAUUUUUAAAAAUGAAGAAGGCUUUUUUUUGUUUGCCCCCUUACCACCUAAACCACCAGUCUAAAUUUGUCUUCAGGUUAUCUCUCUGGCAUAUUUAUUGUUGCAUUUAUAUGCUGCCCUUUUCUCCAAGAAGCUCAAGGUUGUGUACAUGGUUCUUUCCCUCCUCAAUUAAUUCCCACAACAACUCUGUGGUGUAGGUUAGGGCAGUGACUUGCCCAGUUCUCCCAGUGAACUUUAUAGCCAGGUGGGAAUUUGAACCCUGGUCUCUCAGGCUGAAAACCGGUUUUCCUGUGGAUACUUAAUAAUGGAGCAAUUUUAGUUUCGUAUUCCAUUCUGAUCUGGAGCAAACCUGCUUGAUAUCUGUUGUCCUGUGUCCAGCAUUUCCCCCGCUACUUUGCAGUGAUAAUUUGCCUUUGGCAAAGGUUGACAGUAUCCAUUUUUAAUUGCACGUGUUUUGUGUAGAUUUGUAAGUGCUUUCCACGAAUGUUUCUCUAUAGAGACUCCUUGGGGGAAUAUCCAUCUUCCCUGUUAUGAAAUGGAUAUUCUCCAAGGCUUAGUUUACAUAAUAUCUGAUCAGUGAUGUUGGAGGCCUUUUGUAAAUUUGAUAAGGUGCUUACUAAGUAAGUUGUGUUUGCCAUGAAAACAGGCGGGCGAGCUUGAAAUGCUUUGCCGUUUGUGCAAGAGCAGGAGAACAAAGUGAAAGGUGCAGCACAGCUUUUGUCAGGUGCAACUGCACUCAAGACUAGGAGUGGCUUUAGCGCAUGGAGCAUUCUCAGGCCAGUCUGCAUUUUAAUGUGCAAAUUGCAGGUUUGUUUUGCUGGUGUAUUUUGGGUGGAGAUGCAGCUCCAAAUUGGAGCUCUGUCUGAAGCUCUAAUUGACUGUAUCACACCUUGUGUUCCUGUGGGUUCUUCACUAAUUUUGCACUUCUUGUCGCUGAUCAUGUGAAAUGGCCUUUUCAAAGCAGCUUGACUUAAUGUGCAAGCAACGAAAAAUCAGAAUGGGGUGCAAAGUAGGGCAGUUUCUUUUCAGGCUCUUUUGAUAAGCCGACUGUGCGCACUUGGGAGUGGUCCAGUUUCUACAUACGGGAAUUUCAAGGCUUACCUCAUUUCUUUCGCCUGCUUCAGAUCCAUAUGCUGUUAACUGCAGGAAUUUGUUGAGAACUGCAUUUUGCUGGUUUUCAAACUUAGCUUUCUUAACUUUACUUUGCUCAAGGGGCACCAAAGGGGGGAACCAAGGAAGUGAUUAAAAAUCUAGACUUUCCAGUGUAUCCAUGUCACAGUGACUGAUAACAGCAGGUUUUUUAGCAGGUUCGGAGAGGCAGAAAUGAUUUGCUUCUCUGUUCCUUUCUUUGUUUUCGCUCUUUCUGUGUCUCUCCUUAGCCCUGCUUUUAACUCUCCUGGCAACGCUGCCUACUUCUGCUGACUCAUGCCAGGCCUUUCUUCAGCACAAUUUGACAGCCUUUCAAAUAUGAAUGCUAGCUUAACCAUAAAAGUUAUUUUUCUAAUGUCCUUAAUGUUUGGCCCCUGUGAGUAAUUUUUUUUUUUUUUUUUACCGAGCCGAAGCCUGCAUAAGAGUAAUUUAUUGCUGGAAAUUAAAUCAAGGCCAACUGCAGUGAUUCGGUCUUCAAAAAUUAAAAUCCCUGAUUGCUGACUCAAUUAGAAUGCCAGUGGAAUUCAGUAAUUGAUGCUGAGGCCUUCCACUGGAGACUUAAGCUGACAGCUGCCCAUUGAAGAUAGAUGCACCUGUUUGCUGAAGUUCUAAGAUUCCUUUACUCGGCUUAUGUGAUUUACUGAAGAGUCUGAUUUUUGUUUCCUCAUGAAUUAUCUUCCACCUCUGGAAAGGUAGAGGUGUGAACUGACUCAACAUGAGUGGCCUCGGGAACAGUUCAGCAGACCCGGCAAACCCAGAUUCCCAGAAGAGGAAGGGGUCGCCGUGUAACACCCUAGCCCAGAGCAAUGAGAAACGGCGCAGGGAGCAAGAGAACAAAUACUUGGAGGAGCUGGCAGAGCUACUCUCAGCCAAUAUCGGGGAGAUCGACAGCCUAAGUGUCAAACCUGACAAAUGCAAGAUUCUGAAGAAAACGGUUGACCAGAUUCAGCAGAUGAAGAGGCUUGAACAAGAGAAAACAGCUGAUGAUGAUGUACAGAAGUCUGAUAUCUCGUCCAGCAGCCAAGGAGUGAUCGAAAAGGAAUCUCUGGGGCCUCUUCUCCUGGAGGCGCUCGAUGGCUUCUUCUUCGUUGUGAACCGCGAAGGGCGGAUCGUGUUUGUGUCCGAGAACGUGACCAGCUACUUGGGCUAUAACCAGGAGGAGCUCAUGAACACCAGCGUCUACAGCAUCUUGCACGUGGGAGACCACGCUGAGUUUGUCAAGAACUUGCUGCCCAAGUCGCUUGUGAACGGCGUCCCUUGGCCUCAAGAGUCCACCCGGCGCAACAGCCACACCUUCAACUGCAGGAUGCUGAUCCGCCCCCCGGACGAGCCAGGGGCAGAGAACCAGGAGGCCCGGCAGCGUUACGAGGUCAUGCAGUGCUUCACCGUGUCCCAGCCGAAACUGAUCAAGGAGGAAGGCGAAGACUUGCAGUCCUGUCUGAUAUGCAUCGCACGAAGAUUACCUCGAUCCACAGCCCCUGCUACAUCAGAAUCCUUCAUGACCAAGCAGGAUACUACAGGUAAAAUCAUCUCCAUCGACACCAGUUCGCUGAGAGCGGCAGGCCGGACCGGCUGGGAGGAUUUAGUGAGGAAGUGCAUCUACGCUUUCUUCCAGCCUCAGGGCAGGGAGCCAUCUUACGCCAAGCAGCUAUUUCAGGAAGUGAUGACACGGGGCACAGCCUUCAGCCCAUCUUACCGGUUCACACUGAGUGAUGGGACUGUCCUGAGUGCUCAUACCAAGUGCAGACUUUGCUGCCCUCAAGGCCCGGAGAUGCAGCCUUUCAUCAUGGGCAUUCACAUAAUUGAGAGAGAACACGGCACGCUGUCACCUCAAGAAAACACUAACUCCGGGAUGCCUCUUCCCCGCAUCAGCCCCUCGCUGAACCCCAACAUCUCCCCCGGACAAGGCAUGGCUCUGCCCUCCCCUCUCCCUCCUGCCAACAGUAGCAUGCUAACUGCCAGUGCAGCAGGCCACCCGCCGGGAUCCAGCCUGCAUGGCAGCAGCAGCAGCAAUGCUACCCCCAGCCAAGCCACUUUCGGAUGUUCGCCUGGGAGCCAGAUGGGAACGAACGUUGCCUUAAGCCAGGGCCAGGCCGGUCCCCAGAACAGUAGCCAUCCCAUGAGCCACAACAGCUCCCCGAUGGGCAGCCCCGGGGUCACCCCACCGCAGUUUAUGUCCCCCAGGCAUCGGGUGAGCCCCGGGCUGGUCCACCGGCCCAGAGUGCCAAGCAACCCUUUCUCUCCCCCCAUGCCCACCACGCACUCCCCGGUGGGCAUGGUGAGCGGCUGUGGCUCCAGUGGCUCCCUUGGCAACAGGUCGUACCCAGGCACCCCGCUGAACUCCAUGCAGGGACUGACCGAAGGGCCCAGCCCCCCGGUGGGCUACUCCACGCCCUCCCCUGUCCUGCGGCAGCCCAGCAACCAGAACUCGCCCAGCCGGAUGAGCCUGCCGCCCGUGAAAAUGGAGCCCAAGGACAGCAAGGAGAUCGCCUCCAUCCUGUGCGACAUGAUCCACUCGGACGGCGGCCCAAGCAACACCAAGCCUGUGGAGCCAGGCUUGCUGCACGGCGGCGACCGGCUCUCCGAGGGCGACCACAAGGGCCUGCAGGCUACCAGCCACAAGCUUGUCCAGCUCUUGGCCACCACGGCCCAGGAGCAGCUGCGGCAUGCUGACGCGGACACCAGCUGCAAGGAGCCCUUGUCCUGCACAGGCUCCUCCGGGACCCCUGCCUCCGGGAACCCGGUGGGCAGUGCUUGCCCGUCCUCCCACAGCUCCCUCACAGAGCGGCACAAGAUCCUGCACCGGCUCCUCCAGGAGGGCAGCCCUUCGGACAUGGGCAGCCUGGCCGCCAUGGAGCAGGAGAAGAAGGACAGCGGGCCUGGUGCAGCGGCCCCUGCCCUGCAGAGCCAGGCCCCGGAUGCCCGGCUGGAGGCAGAUGCCGCAAAGAAGAAGGACUCGAAGGACAACCAGCUCCUUCGCUACCUGUUGGACAAGGACGAGAAAGAGCUGGCGUCCAACCCCACCUUGAGCUUGGACGACGUCAAGGUGAAGGAGAACCCGGAGCAGCUGGAGCCUUGCGGCGUCGCUCAGUCCCUGCACACCAAGCCCCCCGCGCCAGAGGAGGGAAAGCUGCAGCCACAGAGCCAGUUUGCAUCGGACCUUGACCAGAUUCUGCCGUCGCUGGAGAAAGCCCAGCUGCCGCCAGGACUGUGUGGAUCGGAGGUGGCCGAAAGUGGCGGCAUUGCCAUCAAGUCAGAGAUCCUGACUCCCUCCCUCCAGCCUGGCACCGCCGCAAGAACUCCCACGGGGAUGAGCUCUGUCAACGGUGGGCAGGGCAUGCAGGCCGGCCGGUCCCCCUUCGAAUUCUGCGACCCCCUGGAGCCGGUUCAGCUCAGGACGGCGCCUUUCCCCACAACCAACGGCAGCAGCCCUCACCCUGGUUUGCCUUCCGAGCAAGGCAGGGGGGCAGUACCUGGACCAAGCCCCUUCCAGCCUGACACAGGAUUGCCUGAGCUGGAACUGGGAGUCACAGAUCAUCAGUUCGGUCAACCAACAAUCGGGGAGCAGAUCUCAUGGGCAGACAACCUCAUGACCUCCAUUAAUCGGGGACCUAUAAGCAAACCGGAUGACCAUUGCAUCACUUCUCAGCUCGAUGAGCUCCUGUGCCCUCCCACCACCCCGGAGGGGCGAAAUGACGAGAAGGCUCUUCUCGAGCAGCUGGUAUCCUUCCUGAGCGGCAAAGACGAGAACGAGCUGGCAGAGCUGGACCGAGCGCUUGGCAUCGACAAACUGGUCCAGGGAGGCGGCCUGGAAGCGCUGACGGAGAGGUUCCAGCCCCAGCAAGCCACGCCGCCACCGCCGCCUCUCAUGAUGGAUCAGAAGCCGGGCAUGUACCCACAAGCUUACCCCUCUGCUUCCCCCACCACCAACCUCCCUGGCCCUUUCCCCGGCAUGGUCCGGCAGAAGCAGUCCUUUGGGUCGAUGCCAGUCCAGGUCCCGCCGCCGCGUGGGGCCUACCCCACCAACAUGGGGAUGCAGCCACGGCAGGCGCUCAGCAGGCCUCCGACAGCCCCCAACCAGCUGCGACUGCAGCUGCAGCAGAGGCUCCAGGGGCAGCAGCAGUUGAUACACCAAAAUCGGCAGGCUAUCCUGAACCAGUUUGCGGUGAACUCUGCAGGUGGCAUCGGCAUGAGGACAGGAAUGCAGCAGCAGAUGGCGCCACAGCCCCCCCUGAACGCUCAGAUGCUGGCCCAGCGCCAGAGGGAGCUGUACAGCCAGCAGCACCGGCAGAGGCAGCUGAUGCAGCAACGAGCCAUGCUGAUGAGGCAGCAGCAAAGUUUCGCGGGCAACCUCCCCCCCUCGGCCGGGGUCCCCGUGCAGAUGGGGGGCGGGCGCCUCCCCCAGGCUCCCCCGCAGCAGUUCGCCUUCCCCCCCAACUAUGGUACGAGCCCAGGAAACCCCCCUACCUCCACCAGCCCUUUCUCGCAGCUGGCGUCCAACCCCGAGGCGGCGCUGGCCGGUCGCAACAGCAUGGUGAACCGAGGGAUGAUGGCAGGAGUCGGAGGAGGGCAGUUCGGCUCUGGCAUGAACCCUCAGAUGCAGCAGAACAUCUUCCAGUAUUCGGGAUCAGGAAUGAAUCAGCAAGGGGAGGCGGGAUUUGCUCCGUCACUCAGCCCCAGCAGCCCCUUGAUGUCGCCGCAGAUCCCUCCUUCUCAGAGCCCCAUGCUCCAGUCGGCUCCGCCAACGCCUGGGUACCAAUCGCCCGAUAUGAAGACCUGGCAGCAAGGACCCAUGGGGAGUAACAAUGUCUUUGGCCAAGCUGGGCAGACCCAACCUCCGCCAGCCCAGCAGGGAAUGUAUAACAACAUGAGCAUCACUGUCUCCAUGGCCGGCGGGAACGCCAACGUCCAGAAUAUGAACCCAAUGGCUGGGCAGAUGCCCAUGAGCUCGCUGCAGGUCCAAGGCAUGAACCAGCUGUGCUCUGAGCAGGUAAACGACCAGGCUCUCAGACCUGCAGGUCUCUACUGCAACCAGCUCUCUUCUGACCUUUUGAAAACAGAAGCAGAUGGAGCACAGGUGCAGCAGGUGCAGGUGUUUGCUGAUGUGCAGUGUACGGUCAACUUGGUGGGCGGAGACCCUUACCUGAACCAGCCGGGCCCUGUGGGGGCCCAGAAAGCCUCUGCCGGCCCCCAGACCUCCCAAGCCCAGCAGAAAAGCCUCCUGCAGCAGCUACUGACUGAAUAAUCUGCUUUUCAAAGGAAUGUGAAAUUUAAAUAAUAAGACAUAGAGAUAUAUAUAUAUAUAUAAAUAUAAAUAUAUAUAUAUAUUAUAUUUUUCUGAGAUUUUUGAUAUCUCAAAACUUGCAGCCAUUCUCGUAGUGUUUGGAGCAAAAAAAAAAAGGUUCCCCCCUCCUUUCUUUUCUUUUUUUUAAAGGUAAUGGAUGUCGCAAAGUGACAAAACAGUUGAGCCAAAAUGACAGAUGAUCCUUAUUUUUGUAAUCAGUUGCUGGCUUCUUCUUAUCCCUGAUGGAGGUUACUCUUGGUUUUAAGGGGUGGGGGUGGGGAGUGUGUUAUGAGAGUGAGGGUCUUGCUGGGGGGGGGGGGGAGGAAGAAGAGUCGAGUUCUCAGUUUCAGCUGGAUCUGUCACUGAUUUGCGUCUUCAGCGAAGCAGGAAUUGGGUGAAUAAUCGCACUUGUCUCUUCUCUGGGAUGUUUUUAGCUGUUCUUAAAAACGCACACGCCCUUGACUGACCACCUCCCCCUCCCCCCCCCCCCAACCCGUUUGUGCAAUCAGCUUUUUCUAGCAAUCGUGAGUUUGUCGGUUUUAAAGAAAUGAUGAUGAUGAUGAUAAGGAUAGAGUAUUUUGACCCAUUUUUUUCCAUGUUUUAUGCUGGUAUAUAGACGGCCUCCUUAGCGGAAAAAAGGCCUCUGUGUAUAUGAAAAGGGGGGUGGGGAGCUCGUACAAAAAGCUAAUAUAAUAAUUUUUGAAAAGACAGACACACAAGUACAGUUUGGGGAAUAAUUGCAAUAUUUUUUAGGGGUCGGGAGGGCUAGGGAGAAGUGGCUCGGGGAGCAAAACACCGAGGGUCAACGCUGUGCCAUCGUUCCUUUCAUUUCGACAGGGUUUGUGAUACGGUAACCCUUUGGAGAUGAAAUGGGAGAGGUUCACAGCAGAAGCCUGCGACAAAGUUGCGUCCUUGGGCUACUAUUGUAGAUAAAAUUCUUAUUAAAAAUUAAGCAGUCCUCUCUCUCUCUCUCUCUCUGCUUUGAUUGUGUUUAACAGCCAAGGUAGCUUAAAACUAUUUAAAAUAAUAUUGAUUAUGAUGAUUAUAAUAAAAAAGGCAAUUCUCUGUGGAAUGGGAGACAAGCUUGUUCUUUGCCCCUUUGAGGCCUUUUCAGUGUAAAUAGCUCAAACCUCUUGUAUAAAUUGGUUUCCUCUUUUUAGUUUUGGGGCGGGGGGGGGGGUUGCUCUUAAAUAGCAUUGCUUUUGGAAGGGGGGGUUAUUUCUUUCUUUCCUCUUUCUCUUUCUGAAAUUUUGUUGAUGUGUGAAAACAAAACUGUGUAGCUUUUUGUUAAUUGAAUUUGCAAGAGUUUAAAAAAACAAAGAGACAAAGUUGGUGGCUUAUGUUGCAUUAUUGCAUAAAAAGGACAACGGGGGGGGAGAGCUCUGGGUGCGUAUGUGCUUUUUUGUGGGCUGUGGGGAAGUGGCUUCAUAGGGAGAAGGGCUAGGAAGGAAAGGGAGCCCAUGCACAGUAGUCUUUUAAAUAUUUUUAUUGAGAUUUUUCAGAUA